GCCGGGAGAACGGGCGGUUCGGGGUUCGGAGCCGUGCCGCCCGGUGAGCACGCGGGGCUCCGCCGCCCGAGGAGCGGGGGUUGGUUCCGCCCGUUGUUUUUGUCUGAUGCGCGAUCCCGGGAGCUGGGCAGGCUCCCUGUGUUCUUCCCUUCCUGCCUCCCGGCUCUUCAGCAUGUAGCGAGCGGACGGCGAUAGAGGGGCCGAGAUACGCACAGGCGGCCUUUCGGACACGCUGCAGUUGGGAGGAGGAAGGUUAAUCCUGGCAGCCGGCGCGCGGGGUUCUCGGCGGCGUUGGCGCCGCGUUGAGAAAAUGGGGCUGGCUGGCUACAGCUGAGUCCCUCCGCUUCUGGGAGCUGCUGCGGCGUAGGGCUUCAACGGUUCUGGCAUCAGGGAGCCACGCCGAUGUCGGCCUGCCGUAUGUAAAAUGGAGAACGAAGUCUUCGCCCCCCUUUUGAAGAAGUUCACGCGCAGCCCUCUCGUCACAUGGGUUCGGACGUUCGGACCCUUAGCGGACGAGAAUGGGACCAGCCUGGAGGAGUACAUGACGCUGGUGGAUGGCGUGUUCCUCAACGAGGUCAUGCUGCAGAUUAAUCCAAAGUCCACUAAUCGGAAUGUAAACAAAAGAGUCAACAACGAUGAAUCAUUAAGGAUUCAGAACUUGUGUAUUUUGGUGAAGAAAAUAAAAUAUUUCUACCAGGAAUGUUUGCAGCAGCUGAUCGUGAUGGCUUUGCCAAAUGUAUUAAUAAUCGGCAGAAAUCCUCUUUCUGAGCCAGGUACUAAUGAAAUAAAUAAAAUACUCCUGCUUCUACUUGGUUGUGCUGUUCAGUGUCAGAAAAAGGAAGAAUUCAUUGAAAGAAUCCAACAUCUGGAUUUUGACACAAGAGCAGCUGUUGCAGCCCAUAUUCAAGAGGUAACUCAGAACCAGGAAAAUGUGUUUGAUCUGCAGUGGAUGGAUGUCAUUGUAUUUACACAAGACUCUGUUGAACCUCUUUUGAAAAAUAUGACAUUACAUUUGAGAAGACUUGUAGAUGAAAGAGAUGAGCACUUAGAGACUAUAAUAGAACUCUCAGAAGAUCGAGACUCUCUCCAUUUGCUACCUCAGGCAUCAGCAGCACAAUCACCGUGUGGAUCUCCUGGCUUGAAACACACUGAAAGCAAACAGCACCUGUCUGUUGAGCUAGCAGAUGCCAAAGCAAAGAUAAGAAGACUUAGGCAAGAGAUUGAGGAGAAGAAUGAGCAGUUUCUUGACUAUAAGCAAGAACUCGAACGGGUGGAAACUGAACUAAGGAGGCUUCAGCAAGAGAAUAAGAAUUUACUCUCAGAUGCCCGUUCUGCCAGAGUUUAUAGAGACGAAUUAGAUAUUCUUCGUGAGAAGGCAAUUCGAGUUGACAAGCUUGAAAGUGAAGUCGGCCGGUACAAAGAGAGACUGCAUGAUAUGGAAUUCUACAAAGCUAGAGUGGAGGAGUUAAUGGAAGACAAUCAAGUGAUGCUAGAAACAAAGAGAAUGUUUGAGGACCAAGUAAAGACGUUGCAAUGCCGUUCUGAUAAAUUACAUGUGGUAGAAAAAGAGAAUCUACAAUUAAAAGCUAAACUACAUGAAAUGGAGAUGGAGCGUGAUAUGGACAGAAAGAAGAUUGAGGAGCUUAUGGAGGAGAACAUGGCUCUAGAAAUGGCUCAGAAACAAAGUAUGGAUGAAUCACUACAUCUCGGCUGGGAACUUGAGCAGAUAAACAGGUUUACUGACCAUUCUGAAGUGUCACAUAAAUCACUUGGUCUUGAAGUAACUGAACUGACAUCAAGCAGAUUACUGAAAUUGGAAAAGGAAAACCAAAGUUUGCUGAAAACAGUGGAAGAACUACGAAGUACAAUGGAUGAUUCUGUAGGAGGCAAUAGUUCAAGGAUUGUGAAAAUGGAAAAAGAAAACCAAAGACUAAACAAAAAGAUUGAGGAACUGGAAAAGGAAAUUGUCCAAGAGAAACAGAGUCUUCAGGACAAUCAAAAUUUGAGUAAGGAUUUGAUGAAAGAAAAAGAACAACUUGAAAAGAAAUUUGAAACACUUCGAGAAAACUUAGAAAGACAAAUUAAACUAUUAGAACAAGAAAAUGAACGUUCGAAUCAAACCAUAGCUUCUUUAAGACAACGCUCACAAAUCAGUGCUGAAGCGCAAAUGAAAGAAAUUGAAAAAGAAAACAAAAUUCUUCACGAGUCUAUUAAGGAAACCAGCAGUAAGUUAAAUAAGCUUGAAUUUGAAAUAAAACAAGUCAGGAAGGAAAUGGAACACUAUAAAGAGAAAGCAGAGAGAGCAGAAGAACUUGAGAAUGAGCUGCAUCAUCUGGAGAAGGAAAAUGAAUUAUUACAGAAAAAAAUUGCUAACUUAAGUAUCACUUGUGAGAAGAUAGAGGCCUUAGAGAAAGAGAACUCAGACCUGGACAUAGAAAACAGAAAGCUGAAAAAAACUUUGGAUAGUCUGAAAAACCUCUCGUUUCAACUAGAGUCCUUGGAAAAGGAAAACUCCCAACUUGAUGAAGAAAAUUUAGAGUUAAGAAGAAGAAUUGAAUCUUCAAAGUGCACAAGCAUUAAAAUGGCACAGUUACAGUUAGAAAAUAAGGAGCUGGAGAGCGAAAAGGAGCAGCUUAAAAAGAGCCUUGAACUCAUGAAAGCGUCGUUUAAGAAAAGUGAACGCUUAGAAGUCAGCUACCAGGGUCUAGACACAGAAAACCAAAGGCUACAGAAAGCCCUUGAAAACAGCAAUAAGAAAAUUCAGCAAUUAGAAGGUGAAUUACAAGAUUUAGAGUCCGAAAAUCAAACUCUACAGAAAAACUUAGAAGAAUUGGUAAUUUCUAGUAAGCGCCUGGAGCAACUGGAAAAAGAGAAUAAGUUGUUAGAACAGGAGACUUCUCAACUGGAAAAAGAUAAGAAACAGCUAGAAAAAGAAAAUAAAAGACUUCGACAGCAAGCAGAAAUUAAAGACAGUACAUUAGAAGAAAAUAAUGUCAAAAUUAACCAUCUGGAAAAGGAAAAUAAGUCUCUGUUUAAACAAAUAGCUGUCUAUAAGGAGUCAUGUGUGCGCCUGAAAGAACUAGAAAUGGAAAAUAAAGAACUUGUGAAAAGAGCUAGCAUUGAUAAGAAAACCCUUGUCACAUUACGAGAGGACUUGGUGAAUGAAAAACUGAAGACCCAACAAAUGAACAACGAUCUAGAAAAACUUUCCCAUGAGCUUGAAAAAAUAGGCUUAAACAAGGAGCGUCUCUUGUGUGAUGAGCAGAGUAGUGAUGACAGGUACAAACUUUUGGAGUCAAAAUUGGAAUCCACUCUUAAGAAGUCUCUUGAAAUAAAAGAAGAAAAAAUUGCUGCUUUGGAGGCUCGUUUAGAAGAAUCAACAAAUUUAAACCAGCAGCUCCGUCAGGAACUUAAAACAGUGAAAAAGAACUAUGAAGCUCUCAAACAAAGACAAGAAGAGGAAAGAAUGGUUCAGAAUCCUCCUCCAAGAAAGGGAGAAGAAAAUCAGUCUGUCAAUAAGUGGGAGAAAGAAAACCAGGAAACGACUAGAGAAUUACUGAAAGUUAAAGAUAGAUUAAUUGAAGUGGAAAGGAAUAAUGCUACACUUCAAGCGGAGAAGCAAGCACUGAAAACACAAUUAAAGCAGCUGGAGACACAGAAUAACAAUCUGCAAGCUCAGAUUCUUGCACUUCAGAGACAGACCGUUUCUCUACAGGAGCAGAACACAACUCUGCAGACUCAAAAUGCCAAACUUCAGGUUGAAAAUUCUACCCUUAAUUCUCAAAGUACAUCUCUAAUGAAUCAGAAUGCACAACUGUUGAUUCAACAGUCUGCUUUAGAAAAUGAGAAGGAAGGUGUGCUCAAGGAGCUUGAGGAUCUGAAGUCAUUGUAUGAUUCACUUCUGAAAGACCACGAAAAACUGGAGCACCUCCAUGAACGCCAGGCUUCUGAGUAUGAGUCGCUGAUUGCUAAACAUGGAAGUCUUAAAUCUGCACACAAAAAUCUGGAGGUGGAACAUAAGGACUUGGAAGAUAGGUACAGUCAGUUGCUUAAGCAGAAAGUGCAGCUGGAAGAAUUGGAGAAAGUGCUCAAAACAGAACAGGAGAAAAUGCUGCAGCAAAAUGAAAAACAUGAGACUGUAGCAGCAGAGUAUAAGAAACUUCGUGAUGAAAAUGAUAGGCUUGCUCAUACACAUGAUCAACUCUUGAAAGAGAAUGAAGUUCUGCAAACUGAUCAUAAGAAUUUGAAGACUUUGUUAAACAAUUCCAAACUGGGACAAACACAAUUAGAAGCUGAGUUCUCUAAACUCAGAGAAGAGUACCAACUUCUGGAUAUUAAAUGUACAAAAAUAAGUAAUCAGUGUGAGCUGCUUAGCCAGCUUAAAGGAAAUAUGGAGGAGGAAAACAGACACCUGCUAGAUCAAAUUCAGACAUUAAUGCUACAGAAUAGAACGUUACUUGAGCAGAAUAUGGAAAGCAAGGAUCUCUUCCAUGUAGAGCAAAGACAGUACAUCGACAAGCUAAAUGAAUUAAGGCGACAGAAGGAGAAAUUGGAGGAGAAGAUAAUGGAUCAGUAUAAAUUUUAUGAGCCAUCUCCACCUAGAAGAAGGGGCAACUGGAUUACACUGAAGAUGAGGAAACUGAUGAAAUCCAAGAAGGAUGUUAAUCGAGAACGUCAGAAGUCUGCAAGCCUUACACCUACCCGUUCAGAAUCCAGUGAAGGAUUUCUUCAGCUGCCCCACCAGGACAGUCAGGAUAGUUCCUCAGUGGGCUCGAACUCUCUUGAAGAUGGCCAGGUCCUGGGAACCAAAAAGAGUACUAUGGUUGCACUGAAAAGACUGCCCUUUUUGAGGAACAGACCGAAGGAAAAAGACAAAAUGAAGGCCUUCUAUCGUCGCUCCAUGUCCAUGAAUGACCUGGUGCAGUCCAUGGUCCUAGCAGGAGGACAAUGGACAGGUAGUUCUGAGCAUCUGGAGGGUCCUGAUGAUAUAUCUGCGGGUAAAAGGAGAAAAGAAUUGGGAGCUAUGGCCUUCUCUACUACAGCUAUCAACUUUGCAACUGUCAACUCUUCUACAGGCUUCAGAUCCAAGCAGUUGCUAAAUAAUAAAGAUGCUAUGUCGUUUGAAGAUGUAAGUCCGCAAGGUAUUAGUGAUGAUUCUAGUACAGGAUCAAGAGUUCAUGGAGUACAGGACAUUAACUGUGCAGAUGCUCUUGCUCCUCCUGUUCGUGGCAUUUCAACAAUGUGCAAGGUUCCCUGUCAAAUCUGUUUGCCCUUUUCUAAAGUGUCCUCUUGGACUGCCUGGAAAUCCCUUCGCUUUCUGAUCUCUUCCAGACCAGCCAGCCUUGAUAGUGGCAGAACAUCCACUAGUAAUAGCAAUAACAAUGCUUCACUCCAUGAAGUCAAAGCAGGUGUGGUUAACAAUCAAAGCAGACCUCAGAGUCACAGCAGUGGAGAAUUCAGUAUGCUACAUGAACACGAUGCUUGGUCAAGCAGCAGCAGCAGUCCUAUUCAGUAUUUGAAGGGUCAUACAAGGUCUAGUCCUGUGCUUCAGCAAAGAACACCUGAAACACUGGAUCGCUGUGGAAGACAGAUCAAAACCGAUUCUCCUGGAAGCGAAGUUGUUACCCUGCAGCAGUUCUUAGAAGAAAGCAACAAAAGUACCUCAAGCGAGAUGAAAUCUGGGAGUGAAGAGAAUCUUUUAGAUGAAGUAAUGAGAAGUUUGUCUGAGUCAUCUGAACUGGCAGGAAAGGAAAAGCUAAGAAAGGCAUCUGCUGGUUGUGGAAUCGUGAGGUCAUUGAGUGUAAAAAAUCCAGUUGAUUUCUCAGAAGGACGAUCCAUUAAACCAGAACAACUUGUAAGGCCCAGCCUUCGUAGAACAGAAGAUGCCUAUUUCACAAGCUCUCCGAUAAAAUUUACAUCGGGCACUCAAGGGAAGGCCAAAUCAGUGAAAGAAAUGAUGCAAACAUCUGUAUCACAGCGACAAUCAAGGGAUUGCAAUCCUUAUGCUACCUUACCUCGUGCGAGCAGUGUGAUUUCUACAGCAGAAGGAACUACUCGAAGGACAAGCAUUCAUGAUUUUUUGUCUAAGGACAUUAGGCAACCUGCUUCUGGUGAUCCAGCAACAUCCACCGCUGACAGAAGUGUUCCAGCAACAUCUAAUGUGGAAGCUAUCCCAGAAAGCAGAAAUUCAAAAUGCAGGUCUAGGGAGCAACAAAGCUCCUAAAUCUAUUACCCACUACAUGAGAUGUGGGCCAAGUGAGAGAAAAGUGUCCUUCAGUGUCUCAAUAUGAAGCCUUUAUUUCUGAAGUAAACAAGACAGCAACUGUAGGAAUCAUUAAUAAAUGUUAAGGGAAUUUUUACAUUCUUCGUGACUAGAGCAGGCAAGAAAUAAAAACCUACCUACCUUCCUUCCUUCCUUGAAUCAAGGAGCUCUACUGGAGUCUGCUGCCGAAAAAUUGUAGAUGGUCUUAGGAAUUAUUGCACAUUGCACUGUUAAGAUCUACUGAAUAAAGGACAGUUCUCAUCUCCCUAAGGACCAAGAGUUUUAAGGUCUCAAGAAUUACUCCAGGAAAAAAAAGCAAACAACUUAUUUCAUCUUCUGUUUAUGAAAUUAGCCACUGAUUUGCUUAAGCUUCUGCUAAUACUUAGCCAAAAAAAACCAACCCGUAACUUGCAGUUUAUAUUUACUUCUGUAAAUUUGAAAUAAAUGCUGUAGUAUUUUGUUGAAAGCGACUGUAUAUACAGAUACAAAAACCUCUCAGCUUACUGGUACUCCCCUGCCUUAUUGGUUAGCAUAAUCUGCAUGGAAUGGCUCUUUACAAAGUUUAUGCUGAUUUCUUUAUGUUGCAUACUAUGGGAAAAAAUUGUUUACAUACAUGAAAACAUUUGAUAUCUAACAAAUGUGGGGACUCAUGGGAUAAUCGUAUUAUAUAGAAAAUGUUUGUCUCUUGUGUUUUUCACAUUCCCGAGUUGUUCUGCAUUCCCUGUUCAGAUGUUUUUGACAGGAAAUUGUCAGGUAUGAUUUUUUGUAACUUUUAUUUUAGUGUAAGGCUGUUUUCAACAAAUGGCAUUUCCAGGAGAGGACUUGUCUUACCACGUUUGUGUACUGACUGAUUCCUUCUUUUAUUGUUCAUCUUCUGAAAUGAGUUGAUUGCAGCCUAGGUGGUUUCUUGAUGGCAAAAAAAAAGAAAAAGAAAAAAAGAAAAAAAAAGGGAAAUAACAUGUAUACAUUUUACAGUCAAUUCCCCUUAUCUUGUAUUAGUAAGAUACAUUUUGUUGGUUAUUGACUUAUAUUAAAGUCAACAAGUGUAAUUGGUACAUUCAGUGGUUGUCGGAAGCAUUUGCAGUGAGCUCAAAGGAAGUGUACCUCAACUUAUAAGCAGAUCUAACAUUACUGUAAUUCUUUUUUAUUUCAAAACAGUGGGCACAUUCACGGUUCUGUUCUCAAGGGUUAAAUUCGCUGUGUAACCUCCUGGUGUCUGAUCUUCCACUGCAGCUCUCUGUUCACGUAAAGUAAGCAUGGCUCAGAACUGGAGCUGCAGAGCUGGUAAAAGGAUCGCAGUGCUGCUCAGACUGUGAUACGGCCACUGCAGCUCCUUUCACUUCAUUUUUGUUCUUGAGGCUUACAGGUUUUGCCAUUUAUCAAGUCUCAAGCUUUCAGGGACAGUGGGAACAGAAUCAUUUUCCACUGGAGAGAGAACGCAGUUCAAUAGAUGUAAAAGCAUACUAGCAAGUCAUUUCUUAUGUUACUGAAAUUUUGUCGAAAAGAAAAAGAAAGUUCAGUAAGCUUCAGAAUUGGAAGUUUUCUCCUUUUAUUUUCCUGAAAGUGACUGCCUUCUGAAAUACUUCUUUAUGAUGGAAUAUGUUGCAUGAUCUCGAUCGCACAGAGUAUUUUUGUCUUGGUGGUAUAAAUACCUUGUUCAGCCUGAGUGUUUUUCCACAGAGAAUUUAAACUCUUUUUUUCCCCAUGAGCAAAAGCAGGACAAACUUUGCAGCUCUACUCCAUAGAGGAGUUUCAUUUUUCCUCUAAUGACGUUUCUGGUAUUUAAGUUCACUAGCUGAAUUUCAGCAUGAACUCAUACAGGUGUCUCAUUCUGGGCCCCUUGUUUUUGGUGCCAAGAUUUUUAUUGCUUUCAGAGGAAGCACCCUGAGUUUUGCCAUAGUUCAGUGAUCCCAGGAGCGACCCAAAGCCCAGAGCAUUCCUGACAUCUGGUUCCACAACAUUUUUGCAGGCAGUCUGAGGUCAGUUGCACGUGGAAUAACUGCCUGUGCUGUAAUUGAUAGCACAGUCUUUUGAGGAAGGAUUCAGGGUGCUCCAGGCUGCGGUGACAGCUUCCAGGUGUCACCGGCAGCACUGCAGGUACUGCUGUGUCCCUGCGUGCACUCAGAGCUCAGGUAUUACCGAGGUUCUUCCUCAAUACAAAGUGAGCCAGACAGAGCCCUGGUGUGUUCUCAGAGAAAAUUACUGUAAGCAAUAAAAACGCGCUGUCAGGCCAGCUUUCUCUGCCAUUCCUGUGCUGCAAUAAAGGCAUAGCCAUAUGGACUGAAGGAAAACUUGCCUUACGGAGUUUCAUAGACGUGGUCAUGUCAGUAGCCCUCACUAAAAUCAUAGCUGUUAGGAAAGAUAAUUGAAAGAAAUAAAUACUAGGAAACUAAUUCUCAAUUUUGCUGCUUUCAAGUUUGUUUCAGGGCCUGAGUGUUGGUUUGUUCUCCCAGUACCUCUCCUUGGCAACAGAGGACUGAUGCACUUAAAACUUCUAAACCCAGUUCGUAGCAUCACUAUUUCUAGAACUCAGUGUCUUGAAUUAACCCAUAGUGCCAAACAUUGUUUGUAUUGCAGUAUCUGUGCAGCUGUGUGUGCUCUGGUGUGCCGCACACUCGAAGACCUGGGAAUAUUGCCAUGGCUGAUGUGUGGCACGCUGCCAGGCACGUGCAGCCUUCUGCCCUCACUACACCUGGCUGUCAUUCCUUCAUGAGGACUCCCCUGACUUCUCGGUUUUUGGCUGUUUUCUGUAUUCAUUAAGUUGUCCAGAAUUUUGCAAAUGUGAAAGUUACUAGUCAACUGAUAACAUGUAUUGAAAGUGAAAAACCUUUGUCCAAAAACCUAAGUGAAUUGCCCUUGUUUGAGAGCAUCAGCGGGAACAUGGGGAUGUGGCAGCAGAAUUCAUCCCAUGAGUGCAGGUCAGGGUUGUGUGCCAAAGUGCUGGCUGGUGUCCUCUGCACCAUUCUUGGCGGGGCUUGAGCUGCUGGGGCAGCAUCAGCACAGAGGCUAGAGGGGGCAUUUUGGUUUCUAUUCACUAAGUUACACCAAAGUGGCACCAGGGAUACAUUUUCAUUGAGAUCAGACCCUAAUACUCCCAGUGCUUACUUUCGUGAAGAUAUUUCAGAGCAGAAGAGCAGUCAGGAAGUGCUCUGUACUCUGAUACAGAUACCUUUCCUUUCCAAACUGGUAUAACACCUCUGUAAGGCACCUCAUCUUUCCAUACAACUAAAAACCAAACUAUUGAUGUAAUUUGGGAGGCACCUCCCCUUCUCUGAAACAGUCUUCCAGGGAGCAGCACAGCGGCUGUGGGGCAGCCUACAAGAAGAGCACAUCACUGUUAGCAGCAAGAGUUGAGUUGCCAAAUGUGUUACUGUUAGUUCAAGUUUACAGACUUUGUUUUAAUACCAGACAAUGUAGGAUUUCCUUUUGGUUUGCUGAUAGUCUGCUGUUAUUUAGCAACAUUCCCAACUUUGUCCAAGACGUGGUGCAGCCUUAGCAGAGCUCACGGAUGAUUCUUAGAGGUAGAAGAUAACGUAUAUGUAAAUAAUGCUUUGAUAUUAAUAAAACUGCCUUAAAGGAAUGUACCUAGGUGUGAAACAAAAAGCUCUUAUUUAAAACUGUAAUUUCCUUUACACAUUGUUUUUUUUUUUAAUGUUUGCCAUUGUAUACAUUUAUUAAUGAUGUUAUUAAAAUACCGAACCAAAUAAUUUUUAUCCUUAUUUUGUGUAUAUACAUUGAUACACACAUGUUCUGGAAACUGAUGUUACUGGAAGGAUAUUGGUGUUAAGUGGUGGUUGUGCUUGGUUGGUGAUGUGUUCAGUAUUUCUUCUGGAAGGAAACCUAUAAAACUGUAGCAGAAAUAUUCCGGGCACUGCGUAGUUUGUUCUGUGCUGUUUAUUUGUAAAGACUCGCAUAGCUUUUAACCAUACCUUAUUUUAAUAUUAGUUUUAAAAGACACUAAUUUCAUAGUAAAUGCAUUGAGAAUUCGUGGCAGAUUCGCCAGAUGCAGUAUUUGGAGCUUUGAUUUUGAUGGUUAUUUCUGCUGAAACAAGACCCAGAAGCUCUUCUGAUAGCAAAGGUAGUUUAAUUUUUAGGUUGUGCAGAUCUUCGGAUUUGUUAAGUGUAGGAAUCUGCUAUUGUGCACAUCUUUCCAACUUCUUGUCUUUCACAUUUAAAGCUUUCUGGUUGAAAAAACUUGACAAGCUAAAUGUGUUGGUUUUUACUCCCCCUUUUGGAACUGAUGAUUCACGAGUACCACAAGGAAUAAAGGGAAGGGAGAGUGGCAGUCAGAGGGUACAACAGAUUCCACUUUUAAAGGUGCAGAAGACUGUAUCAUAACGUCUGCCUGUGUGAGAAGCACGUUUGUCAGGCUGUAGUUCCUGAGGCAGUUCAUUAAACAUCAGUCUGAUGAAACUGA